CCCCCUUCCCCUUCCCUUCCCUAUUUGCUACCGCCAAUGUUGUAACUGCUGUAAAAGAAAAGGAGGUAGAUGCGUUAGGCCGGACUGACCUAUCCAUCCGAUCGACUCUCUCUUUUCUUCUUCCUGCCAGGGGCCUUGCGUUGAGCUGGGGCCCGGUGAGGAGGGGGCAUGGCUGCUUCGCCUGGGGCCCGGCAGGCUGCCUGGGAAGCAGCCACGGGCCUUCAAGGGGGAGGUGGUCGAUUGUGAGUCUUUUCUUCCUCUUCCUGCCCCGUGUGUGGAGGGGCACCUGUUCCCAUUUCAGUCUCGCCUCUACUAUGUUGCAUUUUCAGCAUCUUUUCUGAUAGCUGUUGCAAAUGAAAAUGGAGGAAAUGACUUUGUCGGGCCUGGAUAACAGCAAGUUAGAAGCUUUGGCUCAUGAUAUUUAUACUGACUUGAUUGAUGAUGCUUGCCUGGGCUUGUGCUUUGAGGUACACCGGGCGGUCAAAUGUGGAUACUUCUUUCUGGAUGAUACAGACCCUGAUAGCAUGAAGGACUUUGAAAUUGUGGAUCAACCAGGCCUGGAUAUUUUUGGCCAGGUCUAUAACCAGUGGAAGACUAAGGAAUGUGUGUGCCCAAACUGUAGCCGAAGCAUUGCUGCCUCCCGCUUUGCCCCACAUUUGGAGAAGUGCCUUGGUAUGGGUCGGAAUAGCAGCCGUAUUGCCAAUAGGAGGAUAGCAAGUAGUAAUAACAUGAACAAAUCUGAGAGUGAUCAAGAGGACAAUGAUGACAUAAAUGAUAAUGACUGGUCAUAUGGAUCUGAAAAGAAAGCAAAGAAGAGGAAAUCAGAUAAGAAUCCCAAUUCUCCCCGAAGAUCCAAAUCCCUGAAACAUAAAAAUGGGGAGCUCAGUGGAAACCCAGACCCAUUUAAGUAUAACAAUUCUGCUGGAAUCAACUAUGAAACUCUGGGUCCUGAGGAGCUCCGUAGUUUGCUAACUACACAAUGUGGGGUGAUCUCUGAACAUACCAAGAAGAUGUGUACACGGUCUCUUCGCUGCCCCCAGCACACUGAUGAACAGCGGAGGUCAGUCAGGAUCUACCUCCUAGGAUCCUCUGUCUCACUUCCUGAAACAGAAAGCAGUGUGGAAAAUGAUAGCUUUGAUGUGGCAGAAAGUCAAGCCCUCAUGAGCCGGCUUCAAUGGGAUGGUUCUUCAGAUAUCUCUCCCUCUGAUUCAGCUUCAUCAAAAGCAAGUACAAACAACUCUGAAUCCCGAAAAACCAAAAAGAAGAAACCACACAUGAGCCUGGUAGGAGGUGCUCCAGGAAUGAGCUCCAGUAAAAAGAAACUGAAGCCUAAACCACUUGCCCCUCCUACUCCCAGCCUCUAUGAUGACAUAAAUUGAAUAAUACUAGGAUGAGAAAAACAGGGAAGGGGCCCGGAAUCUGUUCUGGUUUCUUUCUAACCCAGAUUAGGGGGCAGAUCUGGCUGAUAUCCUCUCAAGUGGUCCCUUGCGGACACCCUUUACAAGAAUGUGGAGAGAGAUGGCUGCAUGUGUCCACUGCCCUUCUCUCAAGCCUCCUACACAGAUAGCAUAGCCCUGUGCCCACUAGAUAUAUAAAAAAAGACUAGGAUUGCUUUUGAAAGAGUGGGCUCCCACCACUUCUGGGGAAAAGGGAUGGUGGUGGUUUGAGGCGGGCCUUAAAGAUGGAUAGCACCUCCAUCAAUCAGGAAGGAAUUGAUCUCUCUCCUUCCCGUUUCAAUUUGUCUAUUUAUUGUGAUGUUAGUGAUUGUUCAAUCAUGACUAUAUAUAUGAUGACAUCAUAUUUGCUUAGCAAUGCUAAAGACUGAAUUGGCAGGGCUGGGAAGCAUCUAUGCAUAUAAAUCUGCCUGUGCUCUUUUGUUGAUUUUAAAGGGUAUGGCAGAAAGGAGGGGAAUCAGUGCUUACCUUUUUGUCUUUAGUGUCUACCCCAGUGGCCUCUUCACUGUCUCUGUUGAACAAGUGGCACAAGAAUGUAGUUAUCCUAACAUGCUGAGAUGGGUAGAGAGAGUGGAGCAGAUGUUGCUGCUGUGGUCACUAUUGUUUCCUUUCCUGACACUAUCUGCCUCUUCACCAGUAGCAUCCCUAAAAUCUUAUACAAAGCAGCAUUAAGAAUCUGGAGCUGCAUUCUUCCUGAUGUAUGGAUACCAGGAAACUGGUGAAACAGUUAACUUCCUUAAUUGUGGUUGGAUACUAAUUUUGUCCAAUCUUGAUGAGCCAAUACUCCAAGACAUGCAUUACUUUAUACAUGUAACUUAACACACAUUUUAAAAUAUCCCUGACAACUGGCUAUAAAUCUGAGUUACUGAAUUUUAAAACAGCUCUAUUUAACAUCUCAUUGAAUCCAGGUAGGGAGAUUGUGCUCUGACCUGUUAGUUAUCAUUAAUUUCUCUUUAACUUAGUUUAAAUGACUUAUUUGGAUUUGAAUGACUCAGUCAGUGAAAAUAAACAGUUCUGGAGUAUUAGGGGCAAAAUCAAGAAAGUUAGGGAUAAUGGACUGGGAAAGAGAAUAUAUGCUUCUUUUAGAUUAAUAAUUUUACUGUUUUCUCCCCUUCAACCACUCCCACCCCCCGAAAGUAUAUUUUCCCUCCACUUCAUUCCUGCUGUUUUGUUGUUUUUACAGACAGCUGCUGUUUUAAAUCUAGUGCCAUAAAUCAUGAUGGUCUAAGGAUUUUUGUAGAUAUAUGCUAAAAAUUGCAGUAUUACUUCUAAGACAGAGGUCCCCAACCUUUUGGGCACCAGGGACCGGUUCCAUGGAGAGAGGUUUUUCUCUGGACCAGAAGGGGCGUGCUUUUGUGUGCUGCCUGCAUCCCGCAGAUAGGGCUUUGCUUGUUUGUGCAAAUCGGUUGCUGGCAUGCCGUGGCCCAGUACUGGUCCAUGGACCGGAGGUUGGGGGCCUCUGUUCUAGGGAAUAUUGCCUCUUUGCUUUUUUGUUGUACCCUUCCUGAAUCUUUACAAUGUGUAGAACUAUACAGAAGCCAUGUAACCACUUCAAAAUGUGUGCCCUCUUUUAUUGCAAAAGCGUGCACAUGAAAAAAGGUCAUUUGUUGUAUCUACUCAUAAGUCUAAUUUACUGAAACUUAGCGGUUUCCUUCCUAAUGUGAGAAUGUUUGUAGCUAAUUUCUAUAGUAGCAGAGAAUCCAUAUUGCUAAUAACAACUGCUUGAGGCUGUUGCCUGGAUUGAGAUGGCUGACAACUUUUGCAAUAGUACUUUUGCUUCUUUUGCUUUUCCCUCUCUUUGUUCCUAGCAACUAAAAAAAAUCCUUGCUCAAAAGAUGGAGGAGAGAAACUCCAUGUUUUCCACUGUUAAAAUUCAUAGCUCAAUUCCAUCAGGGAAAGCUCUCUGAAAAAUCCCCACUAACUGUCUUGAAGUGAAAAGCUUUCAGCACAUGCACAUUACAAGGAGAAUCUCAAAAGGACCACCAAGUUCUUCCUUCCUCCCCAGAGUUCCACAUGCUUUUCUGAUGCUAUUACAUGCGGAGGCAAAUUCUGCUUGUCAUAGUGCUUAUGUUAAGGCAUAGAUGCUAGAUCUGUUGCAGCUUCUGUGCCGGAUUGGAGGAUAUGUGAAUGUCCCAAAUUGUUUCAGGUGUGGAAAUAGCAGACAUAGGAAGUCAACAUUACUGAGGUUGGUCUUUUCUCGCCAUUAUGUCCCUGGGCAAAAAGUAUGUUGCAUAGGGAGUAUUCUGGGACCAAGACGGGCCUUCCUGAAAGAUCUUGCUGGACAUUGGUAGGAAACCUUGUUUUUAGGUAUCCUCUGUUAAACAAGGAAAAUCUGUUUGCAAAAAUCUUGAUUUUGUUCCUUUAUCUGAUCACAAUCUACAAAACAUUACUUCUGCAUUGCCUAGACUUCAUACUUAGCAAAUGUUUUUAAAUACGUAACUCAGUAUUCUAUGAUAGCUAUGUAAGUAUGGAACAGACAAUUGCCUAAUAUCUCCUUGGAAUGUAGCUGAAUUAUUUGGUGUGAAUUGAAUCUUUCCAAGGGAAGUGGGAAAAGUGGAAAAUCUGUUCCUGUUCACUGCCUGAUAACAAGUAGCUACAUACUUAAAUUAUGUAUCAUCAAAAUGCUGGCUAACUUUUUACUAUUGUAGCAAUAUAAAAAUAGCCAGUGUGAAAGAAGAAUAAGACUAGAUCUUUGUUUGUUUCCCAUGACUGCAACUCAAGCUUUUGGGAUCAUGUUUCAGGCAACAUUGGAAGUGUAGACUCUGGGUACUUUGAAUAUUAAUUUAGCAAAAAAGAACAGAGGUCAUUUUAUAUAUGGCUCUGCAUCUGUACCUGCACCCGUUAUUUUUUAAGGUAGGGCCUGUUUCACUUGAAGAAAAAAACUGUAUCAUGAAUGGAUUAAGAAUUUUUUAAUUUGUUGCUGUAUAAACUGCACUUAUAUAAUAUUUCUGAACAUGUGCAAAAAUCAUUGAAGAAAGUACUCUACUGUGGUCUCCAAUUUUUUAAAAAAUGUUUUUGUCUAUAUAAUCUCAGCUUGUACAGGUAGCUAGAUAUUAAAAAAAACCUAUCAAAUCUGUAUUUUCUUCUUCCCAUUCAUGGAUUGUGAAAUGCUUGUGUAAAUAAACUGUAACUCUGCUUGGUACUGAUUAA